GGUGAUUUUCUUCUCAUUAUUUUGAAGAGCCUGAUAGAGAAGCAAUCAAGUGAUAAUACAUCACGUAAACUAAAAAUUAUCCUUAUGUCCGCUACUGUUGACGCAGAUCUAUUCUCAGGAUAUUUUGCUCAUUGUCCUGUGAUUACUGCUCAAGGACGAACACACCCGGUUACCACUCACUUCCUAGAGGAGAUUUAUGAGAGAACUAGUUACCUUCUGGCUCCAGAUUCUCCCGCCGCGCUAAGAUCUGAUUCAUCCAUUAAAGACAAGCUUGGUUCGGUAAACGACCGUAGGGGAAAGAAGAAUCUUGUACUGGCUGGCUGGGGUGACGACUAUUUGCUCUCAGAGGACUGUCUUAACCCGUUUUAUGUUUCCAAUAAUUACAACUCAUACAGUGAUCAAACACAACAAAAUCUGAAAAGGUUAAAUGAGGAUGCUAUUGACUACGAGCUUCUUGAAGAGUUAAUAUGCCACAUUGAUGACACUUGCGAGGAAGGAGCCAUUCUUGUAUUUUUGCCGGGAGUGGCAGAAAUUUACGCGCUACUCGAUAGGUUAGCUGCUUCGUAUCGUUUUCGUGGACCUUGUGCAGAUUGGCUUCUUCCUCUACAUUCUUCUGUUGCAUCUACAGAACAGAAAAAGGUGUUUAUGCGCCCCCCUGAAGACAUUCGAAAGGUUAUCAUAGCAACAAAUAUUGCAGAGACCAGUAUAACAAUUGAUGAUGUGGUGUACGUGAUUGAUAGUGGCAAACACAAGGAGAAUCGGUAUAAUCCACAUAAGAAAUUGUCAAGCAUGGUGGAAGAUUGGAUAUCAAAAGCAAAUGUUAGACAAAGAGCGGGAAGAGCUGGACGUGUCAAACCUGGAAUUUGCUUUUCGUUGUACACACGCCAUAGAUUCGAGAAGCUAAUGCGUCCUUAUCAGGUUCCUGAGAUGCUGCGGAUGCCCUUAGUAGAAUUAUGUCUACAAAUCAAAUUGCUUGGCCUGGGUCACAUUAAGCCUUUCCUGUCCAAGGCUUUGGAACCUCCGAGUGAAGGUGCAAUAACCUCUGCAAUUUCAUUGUUACACGAGGUUGGUGCUGUUGAAGGGGACGAAGAGUUGACACCACUUGGGCAUCAUUUAGCCAAACUUCCUGUUGAUGUGUUGAUUGGAAAGAUGCUGUUAUAUGGCGCAAUAUUUGGUUGCUUAUCACCUAUUCUCUCCAUUGCUGCUUUCUUGAGCUACAAAUCACCGUUUGUAUAUCCCAAAGAUGAGAAACAAAAUGCUGACCGGGCAAAACUUGCUCUUUUGUCUGAUAAUCUGGAUAAAUCAAUUGAUUUAAACAACAGUGACAAACAAUCUGAUCAUCUCCUUAUGAUGGUUGCAUAUGACAAAUGGGUGAAGAUACUGAAUGAGCGAGGAAUGAGUGCUGCACAAAGGUUCUGUGAAUCAAAGUUCUUGAGCAGCUCAGUGAUGCGGAUGAUAAGAGACAUGAGGGUGCAAUUUGGUACAUUACUUGCCGACAUCGGGCUCAUCAAUCUUCCUAAAACAGGAGAGUUUGCAGGGAGAAGGAAGGAGAAUCUUGAUGUUUGGUUUUGUGAUAAAACUCAACCUUUCAAUAUGUAUUCACAACAACCUGAAGUUGUCAAGGCGAUACUAUGCGCGGGACUAUAUCCUAAUAUCGCAGCGAAUGAUAAGGGAAUCACAGAGACAGCGGUGAACAGUUUGACGAAGCAAGGAAACCAAACAAAGAGUUAUUCUGCGUGGUACGAUGGCAGAAGAGAAGUCCAUAUCCAUCCAUCCUCUAUUAACAGCAACUUCAAAGCAUUUCAAUACCCUUUCCUUGUCUUUCUUGAGAAGGUCGAAACACACAAGGUGUAUCUGCGUGAUACAACGAUUGUUUCUCCUUUCUCCAUUCUACUUUUUGGCGGCUCAAUCAAUGUUCAUCAUCAGAGUGGAUCAGUGACGAUUGAUGGGUGGUUAAAGCUAGCAGCGCCAGCUCAGACCGCGGUUUUGUUCAAAGAGCUCCGGUUAACCCUACAUUCUAUUCUCAGAGAUCUUAUCCGAAAACCAGAGAAAUCAGGAAUAGUCCACAACGAAGUCGUCAAGUCUAUGGUCCAUCUUCUUAUCGAAGAAGGCAAACCGCAACACAAUUGA